AGUUACCACAGCUACUGUCCAGGUUGUAACUCUCACUCUGUCUCUGUGUUGGGGUGAUACUGGUACCAUGAGUGCCAGCCUGAGCACCACGAGUGUCGCCCUGCCAUUUAAUGGCACGACUGAACUGAAUGCAUACACCAGAGCAGCCAUCUAUGAGUUCAGGGUGUUCAACAUGGUCAUCCUGUCGCUGGCUGUGUUCAUCGUCACGGUGACGGCAGUCCUCUGCUGUGUGUCGUUUCACAGCCGCAGGAGUGCCUCCGCUGUGUGUCGGGCCGAAGAGGCAGAGCCUGUAGAUGCACAGGUAAGAAGAAAGAGGCGGGGCUUCCGAAACCCACUUGCACUUUUCCAGAGACAGGAACCAACCAGAGACAACUCCCACAUCUACUACAUCUACAGCAACCCCCUGCCUGUCGGACACCAAGAGGACCACCCAUCAACCCCCCAAGCACCCGCCACUCACACUCCCCCGACGCUACAGGAUUACGCCAAUGACCCUGAGAGCGGUUUAAUCCUGGACCCACCCACCUUCUACAUGCAGCUCUAGAGCCAAAUAAUAUGUUUCAUCUGAAAGUUUCCUGAGUAAAGCACCAAGUUUAGUUCUGAGAGUUGGAGACAGAAGGAAUUAUUGUAUUAUUUUGUGGCGUUUUUUAAAGUAACUGUUUAAAUUGGAAGUACUGAAUGUUCAGUCGUUGAGCUUGCUCUUGCUGUUUUAUGUAUGUGAUGCUUAGCACCAUAAAAUGCUUUAAAAUUGGAAGAUUUAGAAGAGACUAUAAUCAAAUUAUGAUAAAAUCUUGCACUAUUGACCUAAAAUUACAACAGUAUACAUAAAUCUUGCCAAUUAGAGUCAAAGGCAACAAAGAGAAAUACAUUUUUACUCAGCAUGAAUUUAUUUAAGCAUUUAGCUAUUCUGCUAUUGUUCAGUAUAAAUAAUUUGGUAUUUUAACUAAUUUGUCUAAACUCCUAACAUGACAUUUUCCACAUAUUCAGUUCAUCCUACCACAGCUACACUUUUUUAAAUGUGGGAGCAGCACUUGAAUAAAUUCGUUGUGCUGUGUCCUUUAGAAGCAACUGUUUUGAAACACAUCUUACAAGGACUAAAAACUGAACUCAUUCACGCAAGCACCGGCUUUUCCCUAAUCGCUGUGUUGUUUGUGUGUGCUGAAAGUGCGGGUAAUGGGGUUGCUCUAAACUACGGGAGUUUAAACUGAAAGAAAAUCGAUUUUCAUAAAAACACAUCCGUAACUAAUUUGAAUUAAUAAAUAAAAUCAUAAUUAAACAUUUAUUUAAAAACUGCAUUUUUUGUUUAUCUGUGUUGUCUUUGACUAAUAUUUAAAUUUGUUUGAUGAUCUAAAACAUUAAAUGUGACAAACAUGCAAAAAAAAAAGAAAUUAUAAGGGUGGCAAAGACUUUUUCACACCACUGUAGACACUGUUCAGCCACAAACAAACUACAGACACGAGACCAGUUACAUUUAUCUCUCUGUUUUAUUGGAGGUUAAAAUAAGUAAAUGCACAGCUGCUUUAGAAAGAAAGCAUAAAGAGAAGCGUACUGAGCAGAGAGCCAACAGAGAGAAA